AUGUUUUUGGGUCUUUUGCUUAAAAUCUCAACUUCGGCUCCAAUAAUCACAAAUUCAACAUAUCUCGUUUUCGAAAAGGAAGGGAAAAGGGUUGGUAAAGUUAUUUUUGGAUUAUAUUACAAUGAAUGUCCAAAAACAGUUGAAAACUACCUUGCUGCCUUUUCUUGUCAGCCAAAACGAGAGUUUUGCUAUAACAAUACUUAUGUUGCUAAGCUUAAUCCUAAUAAAAGGCUAUCAAUUGGCGUGACUUUGGCCACUAAAUCAGUUAAGGGAGAUCACGAAAGUAACCACGAAGAAAACAAGCUAUUGCAUGAUAGAGCAUACCUGAUUACAUCUAAUACUCACUACAAAACGUUUUUGACGGGAGAAUUUUAUAUAACGUUUAGGGCAUGGCCAAAAUACAACGAAGAGAAUAUUGUAUUUGGUAGAGUUUUGCGUGGCUUCGAUGUUCUCGAAAAACUCAAAAUAAAUUCGAAUGAAAAAGACGUAGACAAAAUCAAAAUAAUUGAUUCCGGUAUUAUACAAGACGAUGACGAUGAUGAUUACGAUCUUUAA